ACUUUGCCAGGGAGCCACCUCAAAGCAUAUCAGGUUACUUUGAGUGACAGCGUAACCAUGGCAAAUAAUUUGACUAAGGCUAUUGUCUUAUCCUCACCAUCCCCGGGUCAGAUAACCGACCAAUCAGAGUUCAUAUAAUCGCCUGUCUUGCCAGCUUAGAAUAAUAUUAUUAAAACGAGCCAGCGAGCCCGGUCUCCCGGAGUAGGUUAUGUUGAAACGGCAUAGAAAAGGUGGAGGAGGACGGUGGAAGGAGUAGCAACUUUCUCUCUUUCUCACCAACUUUAUGAGGAUUUGUCGCCUGGGGUUUUGCAUGGCUGAAUGGACUUGAGUUUGGUCCACAACACGCAGUUGGAUGUUACCUCACCUUGGGUUGUUUUAAGUUUUAAGCUUUUGGAGACCCUUUGCCGUUUAUGGACUUAACGCGUUUUGAUUUAAUGUGAGACUGAGUGGAGAAACGUGGAAGUGAGGCACAGUAUAAUCUGUACUGAUUUACGUUGUCGCCAUGUCCAUGCUUCCGACGUUUGGUUUUACGCAGGAACAAGUGGCAUGUGUUUGCGAAGUUCUCCAACAAGGAGGGAACAUCGAGCGGCUGGGACGCUUCCUCUGGUCCCUCCCGGCGUGCGAGCACCUCCACAAAAAUGAGAGUGUGCUCAAAGCGAAAGCCGUGGUCGCCUUCCACCGAGGGAACUUCCGAGAGCUCUACAAGAUCCUGGAGAGCCACCAGUUUUCGCCACACAACCACCCGAAGCUGCAGCAGCUGUGGCUCAAAGCGCACUACAUCGAGGCGGAGAAGCUGAGAGGCCGCCCGCUCGGCGCCGUGGGGAAGUACCGCGUCCGGAGAAAGUUCCCCCUGCCCCGCUCCAUCUGGGACGGAGAAGAGACGAGCUACUGCUUCAAGGAGAAGAGCAGGAGCGUUCUCCGGGAGUGGUACACCCACAAUCCUUAUCCAUCCCCGCGGGAGAAAAGAGAGCUGGCCGAGGCCACAGGACUCACCACCACGCAGGUCAGCAACUGGUUCAAAAACCGACGGCAGCGAGACCGAGCAGCGGAGGCAAAAGAAAGAGAAAACAACGAGAACAGCAAUAGUCACAACCCCCUGACUUCUUCCAUGAAUGGAAAUAAAUCUCUACUGGGGAGCUCGGACGACGACAAAACACCGUCGGGGACUCCGGAUCACACGUCUCCGAGCCCGGCUUUGCUCCUCGGCUCAAACACCGGUUUACAGUCCCUGCACGGCCUCGCCCCGCCGCCGGGGCCCAGCGCCAUCCCGGUACCAAGCGGUGCAGACUCGGUGCACCAUCACCACUCAUUGCACCAUGACACCAUACUGAACCCUAUGUCUUCUAAUCUGGUGGACCUUGGCUCUUAAAAAAAAGCCCGGAACAGAAGGGGGGGACAGGAGCACAGUUUGUUUUGUUUUGUUUUUUUCCUUUUUUUUUAAUUUACGUGGAGGCGCGAGACAAGCUUCAAGCAAGGUGCAAAGCAGACAGACUGGAACACUGCGAAAACAGCCACCGUAACAAAUCAUUUAGUCUCAUAUUCAACCUUAAAAUCUUUUAAAACAAGUGGCAAAAAACAGAAAAUCUGCCAGUGGGUACAACACCCUCCACUCAUUCCCAAAUUCAACCUCCGCAGAGCACUUAGCAGUGAGAAAUCCUCAGAUCGGCUCUAUUUAAAGCAGCUGCUCACCCUGUUGAUUUAUUUUCUCUUUAAUUCUCUUAAGAAGAAAAAAUAUAAUCCCAAAGAUUAUGUGACUUGUUAAGACGGGUCAUUUUUGCAGUGGUGGUGCAGACAAAAGGUGUUGAGGAAAGAAAGAAGGAAGGAAAGAGAGAAAGUAUUUUACCGGAAUGUAAUAACAACGUUAUAUUGUUGAAAACAAUAACAAUAAAAUGUCUUAAUUAUUGUAACUAUUACAGUUGUUAUUUAGGAGUUUAGAUAUAUCAACAGACUCCAUAGGCGCCGAGUUAAGGGUAUAUCCCUUUUUUUUGUUUACAUCGGGUUUUCCAAGAGAGCCAUAAGCAUUUUUUUUAAUUUUUUUUUUUUUUGAGGGGGGUUGGGGGGAUGAUGGAGUUGGCCUAUGAUAUUCUCAAGUGUCUUAUAAGAGCCGUGAUAAGAUGAAAUAUCUUAAUCUCUUGAUAUUAUUAUUAUUAUUAUUAUAAUUAUUAUUUGCAUUUUCAUUUGGAAAGAGACUGCAUGUAAACUUUGCGAUAAACGAUGAAACAUAAAACGAUCCACCUAUAGUUUCAUAUACCCUUUACAAUAAAAGAAAAAGAAAUACAUGGAUUAAAAA